UUUUUUUUAUUAGAUGCCUAUAUCUACCCUGUAUCUGCUAGAUUCUAAAGGUAAAGCGAUUAUUUCUCGCGAUUACCGUGGAGACACUUCACCCGAAUGCCUUGAGAAUUUUGUUUCCUAUAUAUCAGAUGCUCAAGAAGCUGAUUUGAAGCCGAUAUUUGAAAAAGACGGCGUUAGCUAUAUUUUUAUCAAACAUAAUGACAUUUUUGUAUUGGCCGUUGUAACUAGACCUAGUUCAGAUGCAACCGUGAUUUUGUCAUUUCUAUACAAAUUGAUCGAGGUUUUAAGGGAGUAUUUUACAGAGGUUGUAGAAGAAAGCAUAAGAAACAAUUUUGUUAUCAUAUACGAGCUACUAGAUGAAAUGCUCAACUUUGGAUACCCUCAGGUGACAGAGGCUGCGUUGUUAAAAAAGUACAUAACCCAGAAGAGCCACCAUUUAUCUAAAGCAAGGGUACGAGUGCCGAAGGAAGUUAUGGAUCGAGUGUCAUGGAGACCAGAAGAUGUCUCUUAUUCGAAAAAUGAGGUGUAUUUGGAUGUGGUGGAGAAGGUGAAUUUGCUGGUAUCGGCGAGUGGAGCAAUUCUUCAUUCAGAGAUUUUUGGACAAAUUUUGGUUCGCUGCCUUUUAUCUGGUAUGCCGGAACUUCGGCUGGGGCUGAAUGAUAGAAUUCAGCUUGAGAAUCAUGGAAACAAGCAGACGAACGGCAUAGAGGACCCCCAGGCGAUCGAAAUUGAAGAUGUGAAAUUUCAUCGAUGCGUUCGUUUCUCUAAGAUAGGGAAUGACCGAACGAUUAGCUUUAUUCCCCCAGAUGGGAGCUUUGAGCUAAUGUCUUACAGACUUUCCACAAACGUUCGCCCUAUUAUAUGGAUUGAGACCGUCAUAGAUGCGCACGCCCAUUCCAGGAUCGAUUACCUAGUCAAGCUUAAAUCUCAGUUCAGAUCCAAAAGUAUGGCCCACAACGUGAUAAUUGAUAUUCCGGUUCCAUCGAAUGCUGAUUCACCUACCUUCAAGUCCACUAUUGGGACGGUGUGCUACAGGCCAGAAAAAAACGUCGUCACUUGGUCCAUCAAGAUGCUUCUCGGAGGCAACGAGUACAUGAUGAGGGCGCACCUCGGGCUGUCCUUCGAAUCAGAAGUCCAAGGUAUCAACUCUUCUAUUAAUGUUAAGUUCGAAAUUCCUUACUAUUCUAUUAGUGGACUGCAAGUUAAGUUUUUGAGGAUCCUGGAAAAAAGCGGCUACCCUGCUUUCCCUUGGGUUCGAUACAUUACCAAAAAUGGAGACUACCAGAUUCGCAUAGCAUGAAACAAUAUUAUACACAUCUAUAUUAAGAAAAAGGCCUUGCGUUUCAAGGACAUUUUUUUCAGGUCACAAUGCAAAGCGGCCGAAAUAUAUCGAUGAUGUUUAUAUUUACAAUACAUAUGACAUACACACAGGUAUUGCAUACAACAUCCAUACAAAGGCGAUGUUUAUAGCCUGUCUGUAUGGAUAUCCGAAACACAGAU